CACCGCCCGCGCUGCCGCCCCCAGCCAGCCCGGCGCGGGCUCCCCGCCACGGCCCGCGGCGGCCGCGCUCCCGGCCCCGGCUGCGGCCCCGGCCCGGGCUCGCCAUGGACACAUAGCCGCGGCGCCACGCAGGAAGAUGCGCAGUCCCACCCGAGGCCUGGGCAGGGUGAUGGUGCUACUCGCUGCAGCCCUUGCGUCAGCCUGCCGCGCCGUCCCCGAGGGCUGGGGAGAGGAAGGUGUGCAGUACGGCCAGCUGGGGACGGACGUGAUGCUGUCGUGCGCCAGCGCCCCUGCGGGCUCAGCCGUGGAGUGGAGGCGGGACGGGGCUGCAGCGCUGCCGGCCGGCUCCGCCGUGCGGCACGGCACCCUGGUGCUGCCACAUGCCAGCCUGGCCACCGCGGGGACCUACAGCUGCCACAGCGAGGACGGUGGCCUCCUGCACACCGUGUCCCUGCGGCUGGGGCACCUGCCGGGGGUCCCCUUUGUGUCCUGCAGAGCCUCCGACUACGAGAACUUCUCCUGCUCCUGGACAUCCAGCCUGGAGACCUUCCUCCCCACCAGAUACAUCACCAGCUACAGGAAGAAAUCGCUGACGGGAGAAGAGAAGAGGAGGAACAAGAACGGGCACGUGGGGCCGUGCCUGCAGGAUCCAGCCCGUGCCGGCACCUGCACCGUUCACAAGUCUGAGUUCUGGAGCUCCUAUCGGAUGAACAUCACCGAGGUGAACCCGCUGGGCUCCAGCUUCCGCCUCCUCGACAUCACUAUGCAGGCGAUCAUUAAGCCAGACCCUCCAGAAGGCCUGGUGGUGGAGCCUGUCCCCCGGGCGCCGCGGCGGCUCCAGGUGAGCUGGAGGUACCCCACAUCCUGGCCCAAAGAGCCCCACUUCCAGCUCAAGUUUCGGCUGCAGUACCGGCCCAUCAUCCACCGUUCCUGGUCCGUGGUGGAGACAGUGAACCUCUCUGAGGUGAUCACAGACGCCUUCACAGGGCUGGAGCACGUGGUCCAAGUCAGCGCGAAGGACUUCCUGGAUGCAGGAAACUGGAGCGAGUGGAGCAUGGAGGCGCGGGCGACGCCAGUCAGAGACCCUGCCACCGUGGUGAGUGAAGAAACCACUACAGAUGCCAGCCUGGAGAUCCUGGCCGAGGAGCCCUCACGGGCUCCUAAUCCUGAGCCCAUCAAUCGCAGCGACCCCCUGGAGAAGAUGGCCAUCCUGGUCUCCCUGGGUAUCUUUGCCUUCUUCAUCCUAGCUGCCAUUCUGGUCAUCACCAUCCUCGUCUGGCUCCGGGUGAGGAAACACGGCAAGGAUGAGACCAAACCCCACAACUUCUUGGUUGCUGCCACCCACUUGAAGGCUCUACCGAAGGCCCAGAUCCUGUAGUGAGCCCUGCUGUUGCCCCAUCUGAGCACCUACUCACCCACGUAUGGGACUUGACACCACUGUUGGCCCCAGAAGGGCUCCCUGUCCCAUGGAGCAGGGCCUGGCUUUGGACAUUGCCUGACCCCCAGCACCAUUGGAGCACAGGAUGGACCUGAAGGAGAGAGGCUGUGCUUUGAGGAGCUUAGGGCUGCCUGUGCCCACAGGAGCCAGCUGGAGACAUCUCGGACUCAGUGCGACGGGCCGGUCCCCACUGCCAAGUGCUGCUAUACAACAUGGGGAUGGGGCAUCGAGCCAGCCCCCCUUUGCUGCUCAGUGCCAUGUGGAAGGGGACCGUGGGCACAGGGUGCUGGUCUGUGAGCAUCAGUGACUGUGUGGUGCUGAGCCCUGCCUGCCUCCCUGGCCUGUUGCCCUCCACCAGCCAUCAGCAGGCAGAAGGGCCCUUUGUGCCUCUGCCCCUCGCCCCCCUGCCAAAGCAGGAUGGAGCAGUGAUCCCAAUAAAGGGGGUAGUGUUGGCA